GCGAGCAUCGUUCGCGAGUCUGUGAUCGACGUUACAGGCAGGCGCGCCUCGUCCUUUUAAAUGAUACAACGCGAAUAAUCCCGCGGCGCUCGGGUCACCGAUAACGACACGAAAAACAACGAGUCUCGUAAGCUGGCCGUUGUUCAACGAGUGCCUGCAGUAUGCAUCAUCGGUAGGGAAUCGGAAUCGCGACUUCCGAUCGGUUGCGGCAUGAUCGUUGGCUGGGCACCGAUCGACAGCGCGACGUUCGUUGCUAAUUCUUUCAAACGAAACGCGUCCAUGUGCGGAUCUUCGACUCGAUUCCGGCCUGCCUCGCAUCAGUAACGCACCCAUCGCUGCGUGAUUUUGUGCGCGAUCCGUCGCUAUGAUCGAGCUGUGCAGUUGAAAUCGUAGGCACAGCUGCGCGCAAGUGUGCAGUGCGCAAAGAGGGAAAAGGGCAAGAAGAGAGCAGUGAAUCGUUGUUGGCCUCGUCGCUCGUGGCUGCGCGCGUGUCUGUGAUAAAUUUUUCGAAGAAAUGGAGGAUCCGGAUACGUGUUUCAGCGCUGGUAGCAUCGCCGGCGCGGUGAUCGGCACGUUCGCCGUCACCUGUCUCCUCUUCGGCCUCGCGGCCUUGAUUUAUCGCCAGUGGCGCAGACACAAGGGCAAACAUCUGGUACUCGUGACGGAUCCGGAAAUCGUCGAGGAGGCCUACGCGUUCGACAAUCCGUGCUUCAAGGACGUGACGCCGGCGACGACGCGAAGUCUACGGCCGCAGAACAACAGCGUUCUGUCAUCUCGAACCGAGACGACGACUAAUAACGCAACUUCGACGCCCAUUUCCAAAGAAGCCACCGGCAAGUGGUCCCUCGGCUCGCCUUGGGCCAACAUCGGCAAAGUCAUCGAUAAACGCCGAACGCUCGACGACUCCGUGAUCGGGCCGAAGGCAGCCCGAGUGUCGAUGGUGAGCCUGCGGAGUCGCGACUUCACGGGUCUCGGCUUCAACGUCUGCGGCAAUAUGCGCGAGGGCAUAUUCGUCAAGGACCUGAUGCACCGCGGACCUGCCUCGGAGUCCGGUCUCAUCAAUCCAGGUGACCAAAUAAGCAGCAUCAAAAUAUCCUUCCGCUCGAUGGUCUACGAAGAUGCCUUGACCAUACUGUCGUACGCCUCGCCUUACGAGGUCGAGCUGGAAGUCGAGAGCGGCGUGUCCACGCCCAACUCCAAGCCCACGACUCUGCUGAAAAAGUCGAGCGGCGUCACGCCGACCAAUCAGCGCAUAUGCCAUCCUCUCUAUCGGAGUCAGUCCAUACCCGAAUUGUCGCAGCAGUCCUCGGCGCACAGGAAGAAGCGUCUCUUCACCAACGAUCUGACCAAGGAUUCGACCAUCAAGUCCAUCAAAUCGAAUCCGGGUGUUCAAACUUUGGAGCGCAAACACGAAGAGAUGAAGAAUCACCACCCUAAAUUUGGCAUUAAGGUAUUGCCCGCCCUCGACGGCACGAUACAUCGAGUGGAGACGCAAAACGAGCACAACACGAACCUCGAGCGUCGUCACUCUCGCAAAGCAGAGACGGACGACAACAAGCGUAAUUCCCAAGUCAGCAACGGCAAAGAUCGGCGCAUCGUCACCGAGAGCACUCAGCAAAGGAGCAACUCCAGCGGCAAAAAAGCCGUACACGUCAACGACGGCUUUGGAAUCGACGUACCCGAUCGAGCCUCCGAAAUCGUCAAGGAUAACUGUCUGAUGAUUCCAACGGAAGUGCCAGCCGAGGUUCACAAUGCCGCGAUGGUGGCUCGUAGAAAUCGCAAGAGUUACACGGAGCAGCCAGCAACGAGCAAGAAGUUGUCGGCCGAGCCAACAGCCUCGUCAACACCGGACCGAAGCUCCAAGUCUCGCCGAGACAGCGAUUUGGAAGCCAAGAGUCCGAGCAAAGGCAAGCGCAAGGCACCCGCGCCUCCUGCCUCUCGUAACGCUUCGCUCGAAGAAACUACCUCGAGAAUCGAUAAUCCGGAGGACCAAGGCAUCGGUGCGUCGACUAACGAAGAGGAAAAAAGGGAGGAAAAAAAGGGCCAAGCAGCGAAGCAGCAGAAGGAGGACACGUUGAAAAUGCAGCAAGCCAUGCGAAGAGUCCAGGCGCAUCGCGUCUCCGAGUCGGACACCGAGACCGAGCUCCAGCAGAGCCUGACCAACAUCGAGCUGAAGCCGUCGGAGAUCACGAUACACCACACACCCGUGCCCGAAGUCAGCAACGAGUCGGACGAGGUCGACGAGGCCGAGCUCUACCGCAAGGCCGCCAGCCUCGGUGAUCUGUCGCGCUACGAGGCCAAGGCCAACUCGCAGACCCUCGAGAGGGCCCAGAGCUUGGACAUGACGGAUCCGUGCUCGAAGAAGCGCAAGGCGCCUCUGCCGCCGCCCGACGACAUCAACGAGUCCACGGAGGAUCUCACGAAGCUCGAUCAGAUCGAGCGCAGGAAGCUCAAAAAGUCCAGCGAGUGGGGAACGCUCGAGGACGCUUUCUGGAAGGCCGGCCAGAGCGACCAGUCGAAGCUCGCCAAGGACGAAGAGCAGCCGCCGACCGACUCCCAGGAGACGAGCAUCGAAUUGUACAAUUUACCCCUGAGCACGAGGCUGACGCGCCAGUUCAUCGAGGCCGAGAAACAGUUCAACGCCGAGACGGACAAUUCGCUGGCGCGUCUGCUGAACGACGGGACCACCGUGAAGGCGCCGCCCGACGAGCGAGUCGAGGCCGAGUUCCGCGAGGCGCAUCCACUGCCGCCGGACAACGACCAGGAAGAAAUCCUACUGGAGCGCGAGAGCGAGCCAGCGCUGUUGGCGAGAGCCUGCAGCGGCGGCAACGAUUCGCCAAGCGGUCCGGACUUCAAGAGCGCCGUCGACUUCUUCGAGGAGAGCUCGGCAAAUACGCGCAAAUACGAGACGAAGCUCAGCCUCGCCGCCGAGCAGCCCGAGGAUCUCUACGGCGAGCUCGAGGAGGUGCACGAGGAGCCGAUCGUCAAAGUCACGCAGCUCGUCGAGCCGUGUCCCGGCUGCGAGCGCAGACACGAGAGCCACAGCGGCAUCUGCGCGCUCGCCAAGGACUCGACCAACGACACCGCCGACCCAUCGUCCUAUCGCCAAACGAUAAGGCUGCAGAAGCAGGACGGCCUCGAGGAGAAGGAGGCGACGCUCGGCCAGCACGACGCGUCCGCCAUGGAGAGGUUCGAGACGCACUACGCCAAGCCGAUCAUGCACGACUUCGGCAGCGACGACGAGGAGCCGGAUCGAGGCCAAGAGGAGAAGCUCGACGGCUCCUCGUGCACGGUCACGAUCAACAGCGAAAAGCUCGACGACCGGGCCAACGUCAGUAACGUGAGUGUGUCCUCGUUGUCCGUUGACCUGGGCAGCGAGUCCGGGCCAGAAACGGGCCCGGCUCAAAAAAAGCAGCUCACCUACGUCACGGAGAUCAAGGUGAUGCCGCAACGAGCCAAGGAUCAAGAGGUCCUCGAGCUCAACGAGCAAUCGCUCGACAACCAAGAGAUCGUCUCCUUUCUGGAGAAUCGUAAGGAGCCGCGACCGACUUCCAACGGCAAAUUGCCGCUGGGCCAGAAGCCCCCUGUACCCCCGAGGCGCUCCGAUGCCCCCAGGUACGUGCCCACGACGAGGAACGACGAGAGACAAGUCGUUUACGUCUCGGAAUACAGAUCGCCCGCCAAAGACGAAAGCCGCGUCAUCUCCAAGGAUAGUUCCAAGGAGAUCGAGAUCAAUCCUUGGUCGAACGGCGCCAGUCAGCCGCAGACCGUGACAAACAUCGUACUCUCGACGUCGACCGAAGAUCAGAUCAUCAACAAGUGAAAAGAAAAGUCCCACUAGUUACGCACAUAUUUCUAAGCCUUUUUAAAUUCCGUAUACCCUAAACUUGGCUCAUUUUAAAAGAGUAAUUGAUUUGAUCGAUAAAUAUUUUCUUGGGAAAAUUAAAUCAAUUUAAUCGACAAUAUAUGUAAUAAUGAAUCAAUAAUAGAAACAUGAUUGCAAUCAAUUCGUUGCAAACCGUAUAGUUGUUUUAGCGUAAAAUAACUCGACGCGAUUCUUCAAUUUACUAAAACUUCAAGUAAUUUUUACAACCUUUUUUUAGUAAUGUUGUUGUUUUAUCUAAUAAUUUAACAUAAAAUAACGUUAAUUUUUUUGUUGAUGAAACGGUAUGUUAUAAGGUGUCUGUGCCAUAUAAGGGUAAAGUUGGAAAAGAAUAAUCUUGUAACUUUUAUUGUUAUAACAAGAUGAAAGACAUUCUAUAACUUAAACUCUCUGGUAUGCAUGAAAGAAAUAUUACAUAAUGGUAUGUACAAAUUUCACGAUUUAGUAAAUUCAGGACAGAGUGUAAUUACAUGUUAAAUAGUAACUACUUUUAAUUAUUUUUAGUUUAUACCAUUAUACACUUAAAAAUCAUCAAAUGAAGACCUUUCAUUGCAUCAAAAACAAUGUGUACAAUAUAUGAAGGUUGCCGGAAUUUUCUUAUUGAAAUAAUUUAUGAUUUAUUUUAUAAUAAAGAGAAAUUUAUAAUGCAAAUUUCAAUUUUUAUUGAGAGAUAGAAUAGUUACUAAUUUAUAGAAUUCAUUUACUGGCACUGGCCAUGUAUAAAAAUAAUUUAUGAUGUAUAAAAUAUUAGAAUUAUUUAGAAGAUUGUAUAAAUAUAAAUAUAUUAACAAGUAUACACCAAUUCGCUCCCAAUUUAAAAAUUUUAAUAAAAAUUGUGUUAAAAAACAUAAAUGGAAAGUAAAUAGCAUGGAUUUAUAAAAAUAUUUAGAAAUUUAUUCAAAUGUAUUCAUAGUAAUAAUAUGGAUAAAUGAAAAAUGUCUCGAAGAAUAAAAACCCUAAAAGAAUUACAGACAAAUAAAAUCAAAGACAAAAAUUUUGUAAAAUAAUCUAUAAAGAAUUCAUUUUGUAUCAAGUACCUUGAACUAUGUUAUAGUUAUUUAACAUGCUUAUGCAUUUCAUCAUAUCAAUGCAGUCAUUUUUAAUCAAUAUUUCCUAAAUUUUUAUAGAAUCUACUUUUAUAUAAUAUUUCACAUUAGAGUUUCUUAUCCUGGUGCUUGUAAAUGAAUUUUACUUAUAAAAAAUUUAAGGAUAUUCAAU